AAUUCGCUCAAGGUCGUUGAUGUAUAAUAGCUUACUGGGAUUUUUGUAAAGUAGUCCAUUUGGUUCGACCAAGCUUGAGAAUCAAUUGCUUUUCUUCCGUGUCCUGGAUGUCAUCCAAAGUUCCUAUACUUUCUGCCGGUGGUCCUUUGAUAUUUCGUCAAUUAUUUGAAAAGGUUUCAUCUACAUACACUUACUUACUGGCCGACUCACACACCAAAGAUGCUGUUCUUAUCGACCCUGUUUUAGAAACUGUUGAACGAGAUAAAAAACUUAUAUCUCAGUUGGAUCUUAAAUUGGGUCCGAUAAUAAAUACUCAUUUGCAUGCUGAUCACGUAACUGGCAGUGGAUUGUUAAAGCAAAUUCCUGGAUCUUUCAGUGUGUUGUCGCAUUAUGAUGGAGUUAAAGUUGACAAGAUAAUAAAGCAUGGAGAUGUUAUUAAGUUUGGAAAUUUCGAAUUAGAAUGUCGAAGUACUCCAGGGCAUACAUCAGGUUGUAUGACGCUAGUAUUGCAUUCCGCUGGUGUUGCUUUCACUGGUGACACACUUCUAAUUCGUGGUUGUGGAAGAACAGAUUUCCAAGGAGGCUCAGCUGAGACAUUAUAUGAUUCAGUCUACUCACAAAUCUUUAGUCUUCCAAGUGAUUAUACAUUGUUUCCUGCUCAUGAUUAUUUAGGCAACACUAUGACUACUGUUGGUGAGGAAAAGGCAUUUAAUCCUCGAUUAACUAAAACCAAAAAUGAAUUUAUUAAAAUUAUGAAUGAAUUAAAUCUUCCUUUACCUAAACAAAUAGAACGUGCUAUUCCAUUAAAUCUAAAAUGUGGUAUUAAUGAUGAAUAAAAACAAAUGAUUCUUAAGUAUUAGAUUCAUUUGCGAUAUUACAUAUAUAUUAUUGAUUCAUUUAUAACAAUUUAUUCAAUGCUCAAUUUAUUCCAAACCUUGAUAAUAAUACCUAUUCAUUUGUUUGUUUGUUUGUUUGUUUGUUCCUUUCUCUCAGUCAGUUUUUAACUUUGUUCAAAAAUGUCCAAUACUUUUUUCUUAUCCAUAAUAAUAUUCAUUUACAAAAAAAAAACAAAACAUUUUCAUAUAAGUAACUUACAUCUAUUAUUAGAAACAUCCUAUUUCUAUUUAUUAAGUAAAGAUACUUAAGUUUUGUUUACAAUAUUAUUUAUAUUAUAUAAAAAAAUUGUCUUCCAUUGUUUCUAUUUAAGCCUAAAUUUUAAUAAUCUAGUUUUCAGUUGAUCAAAAUUCAAUAAUCUAUUUUGUGCACUAAAUACUUAACCAUUAAUAUUAAUUUUAAUGUGUUAUUAUUGUUAUUGUUGUUGGUGGUGUUGUUGUUUUUCAGUAUUUUUCUUCAUAUCUCCUUUUAUCUAACAAUAUAAUUGAUUAAAUCAUUAUGUUUUCUAAUAUUGAUUUAUUUUUAUUUAUGUGUGAAAUAUGCAUUAAUCAAGGUUUACUUUUUUAAGAAGAAAACAAAGUAAAAUUUAUUUGUUAAACAUCAUCUGAUAAAUGAAUUGAUUCAAUGUGAUAGGAUGAAAGCAACGAUUAAAA